UCAUUCUCGUUCUCUCAAGACCGCAACCCUGUUAGUUGUUCAUUCCACUGUGUCGUUAUUCUGUGAACAAGUACGUAGACUACGAGGUAGCGUAGCGUACGUAGUUGAGGCCUAGAGCGUACGUCUGCUUCAAUCUCGACCCCACACGUGAUCUCAUCGCGGAGCAUGUCGCCCAACGAGGAUGUGAACCCACUGGAUCUGGAGCAUUUCAUGAGCGUGGCCUUGAAAUUGGUGCAUGAAGCCGGGGAAAUGAUUGUCAAGGCCUUAGAUGAUCGCUCAACGGUGGAGGCCAAGUCAGCCAAUGAGCCCGAAGGACACGCCUCGGCCAUCCUGACCGAGACCGAUACCAAUGUGGAGAAGCAUAUCAUCUCGGGCUUGGCGUCCAAAUUCCCCGAGCACCGUUUCAUCGGCGAAGAGUCCAUGUCGGAUGCUACGGACGGUCAGAUCGCUCAGUUCUCGCAUCAGCCUACGUGGAUCAUUGAUCCGAUCGAUGGCACCAUGAACUUCGUACACGCCAAUCCUUUGGUGUGCACGUCAGUGGCUUUGACCGUCAAUCGUCACGUGGUCCUGGGCAUUGUGAACAAUCCCGUCACCCGGUCGUGCUACACGGCCAUUAAAGGAAAGGGCGCUUUCUUGAAUGGCAGUAAGCUUUUAAAAACAUCCGGGAUUGAAGAUUUGGGCCAAGCCAUGAUCUUCAUGGAGCUAUCAGCCGGUGCCCAUGAGCACAAGCGACAAGUGGCCUUGGACAAUGUGGCGGCGUUCAUGGAGAAAGCUCACGCUAUCCGAUGCCCAGGACCUGCGGCUUUGGACAUUGCUUGGGUGGGUGCGGGCAGUGGGGAUGCCUUUUUCCAUUUUUCAAUCCACGUGUGGGACAUGGCGGCAGGUGCGUUGAUUGUGACCGAGGCUGGAGGAGCUGUGCUGGAUCCAUCGGGCAAGGAAUUCGACAUGAUGUCGCGAGGAAUCGUGGCGGCGGCCACGCCCCAAUUGGCCAAAGAAGUAGUGGAACAUCUCAAGAUAUACGUGGCCCUCCCCAGGGACUACCCUGAGCACUGCCCACUUUGAACAUGCCAUGCGUACGAUUGUGUCUGUGUUUAUGUCUGUGCGUAGAUGUAGAAACGUAUCUAUAUAUUCGUCUUGAUGCAACCAAGCUUUAAUUAAGGGAGGUCGGUGAGCGUUUUUUUCAACCGAUUCAGCGGCUCGUGGAAUGUGUUUGAGGCUAAUAAAUGAAUGAUGCUGGCCUUAA